AAAAAGCCAGGGAACAGAGAAGACGGGAGAAGGAAGGAGAAGCCCUGAGCACUGCAUGUUUUUCUGGGGAAAGCUGUGACAGUGACAGCUUGGUUGUGAGAAGUUGGUUAGAGUUGGAGAGACCAGCUGGAGUUGCAGCAGUGCGCCGGUGGACUCAGUUCCAGCAGGGAAAGAGAAACGUCCCAUCUGAGUUUUCAUUAAAACAAGGCGACAGUAACUUAAGGGGCUCCUCUAAACCUUUCCCCUUCACCCGGUGUCAUACCUCUCUGCCCUUUGUCAUGCCCACCCUGCCUGAGGAAGACGAGGAUUCUCCCGAAGAACUGGACAGCUCAUCCAGCUCUCCCAGAACAUCUACACCGGGUGAGAGCCAAGCCAUCAUUAUGACCGCCCCCACCAUUGUCUUCCCGCAGAAGGCCGUCAUUGUCCAACAAGAGGGCCGUUCCUUUGAACAGGCCAGGCCACAUAGUCCCAGAGCUCGCCAGGCCAGAAACUCCUCUGGAGGACCCAUCACCACAGUCGACAGCACAGGUAAUGUGAUCGACCUGGUGAAGGACCAGCUUCCAGAGCUCCAGCUGUCUGAGGAAGACCGGCAGAAGAACCUGGAGCUUAUCGAGCAGGCUAAGAUGGUCAGCGACCGCUUUCUGACCCGCAGAGGAAGGCGAUCCAUCAGCAGCCUCAGCGACUCCCCCACAGGUCUUUCUCAAGUUCCAACACCGUCUUCCUCACCAGGUCCAUCAAGAAGCAGCUCUUUAAUUGGUCCAUUUCAAACUGGGACCACAGAAGCCACACAUAGUGGCCCCCAGGCAGUCAGUCAGCAUUUAGAGCUGCCCAAAGCGAGAGAGCAGUCUGAGUUAAAGAACCAGAACCAGGAUGAGCCGCCAGCAGUGAACUCUAAGACGACUGAAAAAAGAAAAGUGUCCUCUGGAGUGCUUACGCCUCGCUUUGCUGUUCAGAAGGAGAAACAUGAGCUCUCCAGACCUAAGAGCCCACAGGCUGUCAGCAAAGCAGAUGAGGUUUCUGGUCGAAACCCAAACCUUCCUCCAGCCACAGGGGUGGCCAAACCGGUCCCCAGGCCCCCUACUCAGCGGGCCCCCUGCACAGCGGAGAUCAAAACAAUCGGUUCCUUCCCUCCGCUGAUGAGGGCUGUCUCAUGGGAUGCUGUUGGCAGCAUUAAUUCAAAAACUGGAGCCCCUGGUUUACCACCUACAGUUGACGAGGUUUUUUCAGAAAAAUCCAGAGAUGAUGUGUUCAAGUCUUCAUUGUACAAGGAUCUACAAGCCCAACCGGGCAGCAUACAGAAACUUUCCAAGCUCAGAGAGGAGCACAAGCUGAUCCGUAACCAGAGCAUAGUUGGCUCCAAGUUACCAGACCUGAGUGAGGCUGCAGAGCAGGAAAAGGCUCCACCUUCUGCUAAGACAUCAAGCAGCGAGGAGAUGAAGGAGAAGUCUGACGCCAUGCCAAACAUUUCAGAUGUGAUGCUAAGAAAACUGAAACUUCACAGAGGUCUGCCAGGAUGUGCACCUGCGCUCACUGAGAAAGAAGUUGAGAAUGCAUUCGUCCAGCUGUCUCUUGCAUUUCGUAAUGACAACUACACUCUGGAGACGCGACUCAAACAAGCGGAGAGGGAGAGGAACCUGACAGAGGAAGACACUGAGAAAGAGCUGGAGGAAUUCAAAGGAGCGUUGAAGAUGACAGCACCACAGUGGCAGAACAUGGAGCAACGAGAAUCCUACCAACGCCUUAUAGAGACAGUGGCAGUGCUGUACCGACUCACCACCAGACUCUCUAGCAGAGCAGAAAUAGUUGGUGCAGUUCGUCAGGAGAAACGUAUGAACAAAGCCACUGAGGUGAUGAUGCAAUAUGUGGAAAAUCUGAAGAGGACAUAUGAGAAGGACCAUGCAGAGCUGAUGGAGUUUAAGAAACUGGCUAACCAGAACUCUAACCGGUGUUAUGGCGCCACUGUGGACACAGGAGAUGAUGGCAUUCCACGAUCAUCAAGAUCAAUGUCCCUCACCCUUGGAAAGGCUUUACCCAGACGCAGGGUGAGCGUAGCAGUGGUACCCAAAUUUAACCUUCUCAACAUCCCAGGUCAGACCCCAGCCGCUGCCGGGCCGGGCUCCAGUGCGGGACCUACAGCAGGGGCUGCCCUUCCUGUCUUAUGUGAAGCAAAUGAUGUCAAAAGCAGCUCUCCUACAGAAGCAGUUCAACCGGCAGGCGAGUGUGGAAAGAGUGGGACGGUGCCGGAAAGCGAGCCACCCAAACCUCCAGUAAACUUGGAGGAGAUCAGAGCUGAGAUCAGAGCCGAGAUCAAGGCAAAGAUCGAGGAGGAAGCAUACGAUAAAGGCUACCAAGAGGGGCUAAAGCAGAGCAAGAUGCUCCUGGAAGAGAAACAGGCAGAGGAACUGGAUGCAGAGAAGCUGCUGGAAGUUAGGCACAAGGAUGAGGAAAGUGGAAAGAGGUAUAAGAGCGGCAGGAGGAUGGAGGAAGUACUGGUUCUUCUCAGUCGGUUUUGCCCCUCAAUCUCCGUCAGCCGCCGCCUGCUUUGGGUCAUCCUGAUGCUGUUUGUUUUGAUGUGCGUGCUUAUCAGUAUAUUCACAUUCUUCAGUGACUACUACAACCGCCGUGAGGACACAUAGGAGACAUUUUAGGAGGCUCAGCAAAGUCUGGAAUAAGUAUAAGGAGGAAGAGCUGAGAAAAAAACUAUUUCUGCCAUACUAGCAGUUUAUUACAGAUAGGCUUGAAUGGAAAGACUGACGGGAGAUGAAGGCUUAACGCUGGAUUUAUUUUUUCAGCAUUAGUUGUAUUUUUGUUCGGAACAGAGAAUUUUCUAUCUGUUUAUUGGAGGAAAAAAUAACGAGUUAGGUUUAGGGACCAAAGAUACGGAGUGAUGAAAUCUGUUUAAUUCAUCGAUGGAACCUAAGAAUAGAUUUUGAUUUUAGUGUUUUUGAAAAUGGCACCUUCUCUAAAAUGCCACAGUAAAAAAAAAAAAAAAAAAAGGUUUAUCAGCUAGUUUAACACUUUUUUUUUCAUCUAUAUUUAAACAUGUGCAUUUGUUGGUUAGGUUCUGUAAAGGGCAUUUAAGGUUUAGGCAUAUGCGGAUACCAAGAAGUUGUUUAAGUGCAAUAUUUUGAGGUUGUAUAAUUUAUAAUUUAGAGCACUGACAGAUAGCUGUUGUUUAUAGAGCACUUUUUAGAUAACUUUUCUGAGUCCCUGGGUUGAAAAUUAUUUUGCUACUUUACCUUUAAAUAAAGGGUAUCUGAGAA